GAGGAGGAGGAGGUCACCAAUUUCAUUCCAGAGUAAUCAUCUUUCCAAUAGACGAACUUUGCUCAUUGGUUUACUUCCUGGAUAUAUGGCCCUUGGAAACACUUCCCUCGGUCGCGUUAGCGUUACUGUUGUUAUGGCAAAACUGUACGCUCUUGUUCAAAUUAUUCCCAUAUAUAUUUCGAAAAAAGAAGAGAAUUCAAUCUGUCUGCUAUUUGUUUAAUAAUGGGAGUGUAUGGAAUGGAAGCGUAACAGUCUUUAAUAGCAGCUGGGUAGUGUUACGAAUGUUGUGCCUAAGAAGCUACCGUAAUGCUGUAUUAGAAGCUUGUCGUUAGCCAAGUUAGCAAUCAGCUAACUGAGCUAUUGAACAUCAAUAAGCAUAAACGCUGGAAAGGGUUCAGAAAUCUUUCCAUGAUGGAUGUCAGCAUUGCUGUUUCACUGAUUCGAGGCCAGAUGGGUGCUGUGGUUGAGCGAGCAGUGAACGGAGCAGUGGAGACGGUGCUGGCUGAGAUGCUCAAAGUGGUUGGCGUUAAAUUCGAGGAGCUGAAAGCCCAAGUGGCACUGAUGAAGAGGGACAUCACUGUGUUGCAGAGGGAAAAGGCCCUAAAAGAGAAGGAGAAUGACAACAUUCGAGCCAAGCUGCGCUACACGGAGCUGAAGCUGAAGUACUACAGGCAGGGAGUGGAGGAGGAGCUGCAACAGAGAGCCUCCACCUCCACUCUGGUCCGCAUCCACCCACCCACCUUUAAUCAAGCACAGAGAGGUGGUGCAGGUGUGUCCUCCGAUGAGAACUCUUCAUCAUGCUCGUCUCAAAGCAGGACCUCUGAGGGACCAUUGGCAAGAAGCAAUCAAGAAUGCACCUCUCUACAGAGCACGAGCAGACGUGCAAUCAGAGUGCGCUGUAAUUCAGAUGUGGGAGUUGCCAGCCCCGACCCGUUAGACUUGCUGGUGCCUGUCCCACUCUCUGUGAACUCACCAACAGAAUCUGUCGACAGCAGUACAGUUUUAUUCUGUCCCUCAGAGCAAGACACAGUUCAGAGCAAGUAUGACGACCAGGAGGAUGACUGUGAGUGGACCAUCACUCUGCAGCACCAUGCAGAAGGUGCAGACGCUGCCACAGACGCUCACCCAGUCCAGGCCUUGACUCUGGGUCCGGGGGAGCAGCCAGUUGCUGGCUUGUUGUCAGCAGAUGGUUCCCCCGAGGCUGAUAGCUCCACUCUGCUAUACUCUGCCCCACAGGUGAAGCAGGAGGCGGAGGAAGUGAUCUGUAUCAAGGAGGAGCCAGAGGACGAGCAGGAGGUGAUGGCCACCCUGCUGCUGGACUGCCAGGUGCAGGAGGGCCAUCUUCCAGAAUCAGAGGCACAAAGUUCAGGGACAGAGUGGUCUGGACAUCCAGAAAGCCAGAGAAAUCAAACUACAGCCUUCAGCUCAGCUGGACCAAGCACCUAUGCGAUGCCUCAGCCUGCAGCCUCCAUCCUGUCGAUGGUGUCCUUGCCACCCAACAUCCCGCCUCGUCAGGCGGUGCGACCCUGGACUAAAGACCUCAGCCUUUAUGAAGAAUAUAAACUGCGCAGGAACGAGCUGCGCCGGCGAAGCCUCAACAGACGCAGAGAGCUGGAGAAAACGUUGCCUCAGCCUCUGCUGGCAGAUCUGGUGCGAGAGCGUCGAGAGAAGACCAGACUGAGGGUGGCCAGAUGGAGGGCCAAACGGAAACUCCAGGCCUGUCUUAACCAGACUCAGGCUCUAGGUGGCACUGCAGGUGUUUCUCAAACUGACUUCCCCAUCAGCAGCCAGCGUCAGCAGCCCAGGGUGCCUUGUGCCGCCUCUUCCAGUGGUCAUCGAAGACGGAGCUCAGUGGUGCCUCAGUCCAACAGCUUCCUCAACAUGUCAGCAGCAAACAGCAUCUCUGCCACUCUCCCCUUCAUACCCUCCACCUCCUCCUCUUCUCUGCUCCUGAGAGGCCCCAGCAUGGCUACACAUCAGCACACUGUGACAUCAUCAUCCUCCUCCUCCUGCCCCCAGGUCAGCCUAUCGCAGCAGAGUAUCUCUCUGACAGAUGCAGAUAUCUUGCAGUUAGAUGUUUGAAAUCAGAGCUGUGCACACAGAGACUUCCAGAAUAUGUUUGUCAAGUAUGUUGUUUGGCGUUCAGGAGGCGUCAGAACUCUCCUGCAGAAAGUAAUCUGUGUAGUGCUUUGCUUACCUAGCAUAUAACUUCCAUUUACAACACAAUUAAAGCAGAGACUGCAUGCUAAAACUGAAUUCACUUCUUUAUUUAGCAUAGACAACAGUGCUUCAAUCCAUGGUGGAUCUUUAUCAGGCCAAACUUACAAGCACCUUAUCAUGAUGCGUAUGUACAGACAACAUAAGUAGAGCACCUGAUAUGGAUCACCUUGUCUUUGCUGUUAUGCUGUAGGUGAUUAGAAAUCUUUUACCCUCAUUUCAGUUACACAUUCAGUAUCAGUAGACCAAGACAGGCACUGUAAACUCAAAAAAUAAAUGCAUUCAGAUAUUCAAAUAAUAACACUUCAAGAACAUUCAGAAUCUUAUAUAAACUAAUUUUAUAUUUGCAAGUCUACAAAAAUGUCUACAAGUGCAUAUACUGUAUAAGUAAGUUCACUCUAUCUCUCCUGUAUCUGCUAACAUACUUUAAAGUGAAUUGUUGUUUGAUUUGGACAAUUUAUCAUGAUGUUUUUCAGUUUGCAUGUGUCUGUCUUUAAAUAUGGACAGAAUUGGUUUUCCAAUGCAGCUGUGAUUUUAAUUAGUGCACUUUGUUGUGGAGUUGAAACAUGUAGGAGACCCACACUUCUACUUGGCCUGAUGUAGACUCAAAGAAAUAACCAGAGAAGUAUUACUUUUUCCCUGAGAAACUGUCUUUGACAGACAAUGACUUACAGAGUUGUUCACAUGAACAUGUCAAGGCUGCUAACUUGAAAAAUACCUGCAAAUUGUACUUUCGUCAACUCACAGAAUAAAGAGAAGAUUGACAAUCUCCCGAAUAAAAUGAGAAGCCUGGUUCUGCUCGAGGUUUCUGCCUCCUAAAAGGAAGUUUUCCUCGCCACUGUCGCCAAGUGCUUGCUCAUAAGGGAAUUUUUGGGUUUCAGUAGAUAAAAAGUCUGGUCUGUACCUGCUCUAUAUGCAAAGUGUCCUGAGACAACUUUGGUUGUGAUUUGGCUCAAUAUUAAUAAAACUGAAUUGAAUUGAAUUGAAUUAGUACUUUGUACAGUUCUAAUAAAUGCAGCUAAAAUAAGCACUGUGUUGAAUUCUAAUUUUAACAAAGCCUCACACUUCUAUUGAGAUGAGCUAAAAGCAUUGGUUCAGAUUUUUAAAGAUGUGUCUGAAGACAGCAGUCAGAUAACACUGCAAGUUGUGAUUCUGGGUUAUAUAAUUAAAAUGGACUACUUUCAAAGAGUUGCUGGUUGC